CGGUCUCCGUGGCGACGUUGAUAAACAACCACGCCCGCCGAGGCUGAGGCAUGGCAGGGCGCCGCCAGCCGGGGACCCUGAAAGCUGCCUUUAGACACGGUCUGUGGAUUUUGCAUAUUUCCGGCAUCGGCCAACGCUUCCUGCUUGAUUUUUUGACUACCAACUGGGAAGUCUGACUUUUUUCUAUGAACACACAAGGCAGUUUUAUCUUGUUUGACGCAAUGCUGAAAUUCCUAGAGACUGCUAAGCGCAUGACUGGAUCCACAGCUAUUUCCACGAACCCAGCUGCCUUGAUUGCAAGAAGAUAUGUUCUUCAACAGAAACUUGGCAGCGGGAGUUUUGGAACUGUCUAUCUGGUGUCAGACAAGAAAGCUAAACGGGGAGAGGAACUGAAGGUACUGAAGGAAAUCUCUGUUGGAGAGUUAAAUCCGAAUGAAACUGUGCAGGCCAGUGUGGAAGCCCAGCUCCUCUCCAAGCUAAAUCAUCCAGCCAUUGUCAAGUUCCAUGCAAGCUUCAUGGAACAGGAUACUUUUUGCAUUAUCACAGAAUACUGUGAGGGCCGAGACCUGGACUAUAAAAUUCACGAAUAUAAAGAAGCUGGGAAAAUCUUUCCUGAAAGUCAGAUAGUAGAAUGGUUUAUCCAGUUGUUGCUUGGAGUUGAUUACAUGCACGAGAGGAGGAUACUCCAUCGAGACUUGAAGACAAAGAAUAUAUUUCUGAAAAAUAACCUACUUAAAAUCGGGGAUUUUGGAGUUUCUCGACUGCUGAUGGGAUCAUGGGAGCUGGCUACAACUUUAACUGGGACUCCCCGUUAUAUGAGCCCCGAGGCCCUGAAGCACCAAGGCUACGAUGCCAAGUCUGAUAUCUGGUCACUGGCAUGCAUUUUAUAUGAGAUGUGUUGCAUGGAUCAUGCCUUUGCUGGCUCCAGUUUCUUGUCUGUGGCUUUAAAUAUUGUGGAAGGCAACACACCUUCACUCCCUGAGAGAUAUCCACAAGAGCUAAACACCAUCAUGGAACGCAUGUUGAGCAAGAGUCCUUCACUGAGACCGUCUGCUGCAGAAGUUUUAAAAGUCCCUUACAUCGAAGAGCAGCUUCAGCACCUGAUGUGUAAAUAUUCAGAAAUGACACCGGAAGCCAAGAACUCAGUUCGCCAGAAGGAGGCGGCUCACGUAAUUAACGCUGUGCAGGAAAAGGUUCACCUGCAGAGUCUGCAAGCUCUGUCCAAAGUCCAGAAAAUGACACCGAGAGAAAGGAUGCAGCUGAGGAAGCUGCAGGCAUCUGAUGUGAAAGCCAAGAAGCUGAAAAGGACUGUGGAAGAAAAAUACAAAGAAAAUAACAAACGGAUACAGGAAUUGAGAUUCAAGAACGUUGAGCCUCUGAGUGCCGAUGUGCUCCAUGAAUUAGAUGAGCGGACUUCAGAGAACCUUUCUGAGCCCCAGUCCCUUCCUUCUCUGCACCUUGAGGAACUUGAGCCAAGUUUAGAGGACACCAUCAUUGACCUUGGACAUUAUGAGAUCCCAGAAGACCCGCUUGUUGCUGAAGAGUAUUAUGCUGAUGUGUUUGAUUCCUGUUCUGAGGAGAGUGAGGAGCAGGAGGAAGACGUGGUGUUCUCAGAAGCAGGCAGAGAAAUGAGGGACAGGAGAGCCCCACCUUACAGGGCAAAUCAACAGGACAGUGAUAUUGAAGCCCUGGUUGGGUGUUUGGAAAAUGUCCUGUGUUACACCUCCCUAGACACAAGGACCAUUGCCAGCGCAGCGGCAGACAGGUCUCCCGGACCAACGGUUUUCAACAGUGCAGUGGCCAGGGCCAAGAUGAACCGCGUGAAGGAAUCAGCCAUGCAGAAGCUAGGAACGGAAGUGUUUGAGGAGGUCUACGAUUACCUCAAAAGAGCAAGGCACCAGAAGGCCGGAGAAGCAGAGAUCUGGGAACACCUGGAGACUGUGGUCCCUCAGGCCAGUGACUGCUUUGAGGUUGACCAGCUCCUCUGCUUUGAAGAGUUGCUUCUGAGCACAGAAGAAAAAGAGCCCACUCUCCAGAACCUUCACUGUGAAGCUGCCCAAAAGAAGCACGUCGAGGGCAUGCAUGCCUGUGAAAAUCCAUGAGGUUUACACGCUGAGUACGUUACAGGAAACCAGUGUGUAAGUGGAGCUGCCAUCUCUACCUUCAGCUCCCGGUUAGAUGUAAGGAUGUGGUCUAUAGAGAGGAAAGCGCUCAGCUGACUGCCAGUGCUUGGCGUCACAGGGCGAAGUCAGAGACGGAGUCUGGCAUCCUGAAAGGCUUUCCCUCAUGCCUACAGCCCUCAGGGUUUCCAGUGAGGCAGAAGUGCUCUGGAGACACAGGUGCUCUGUACCGUGUCCAUCCAGGGCAUGCACAUUACCAGGACCAUGGCCAGCUUGGUUGUGAUGGCCACAGGACCCCGGCCUGGACAGCGACCUGUUCAUCUCUAUAAUGUAUUUUUGAUCAACAGUUUUUCUUUCCAUGACUACCAUGCAAGGGCCCAGGUUGAAAAUUCCCCCAAGUGACUCCCUUCUGUGAUUUAUUCCCAAA